CCCCGAGCAGGAGGAGCCCUCGGCCGAGCGCUCGGCCCUUCCCUUCCCGCUCGCCGUACGCGGCUGCGGGGCUGUCGCUAAGAUGGCGGCCAAGGUGACAAGGCUGGCUGCUGCUUCUUCCUCCCUACCAUUCCUGUGUGCAGUAUAUGCAGCAACAGAGAAGGAAUCAACAAGUCAGCUGCUGAAGCCAAACCAGCUUCCAAUUUACUGCUCGCCGCCUUUGAAAUCAAAAUACAUUGAAGAACAGCCUGGUCGCUUGCAGAAGCAAUUCUCUUCAAUAAGACAGACAACUGGACACUAUAUUGGAUGGUGUAAGGAUGCUUUUAUCUUUGCUAAAAAUGGAAUAGUGGAUUCAAUUCAGUUUGGUAAAGAUGCUUAUGUUUACCUGAAGAAUCCACCACCAGAAUUUCUUCCCAGAGCUGGCAUAAUUGCAAUAUCAGGCCUAGCUGGUGCAGUGCUGGCAAGAAAAGGUUCUAGAUUUAAGAAAAUUGUUUAUCCCUUGGGACUUACUACGUUAGGAAUUUCAGUUUGUUACCCAGCUCAGGCAGUAGUAAUUGCUAAGGUAACAGGGAAAAAGGUAAUUUCUGCAAGCCAUAAAACCUACGAGGCUGUACGAUCCCUAUGGGCCCAGAAGGAAGAUGCCUCCAAGCUUCAGCAAGAGUCAAAAUUGGUUACUCAAGAAGAUAAAAAGAAGAAAGAAAUAUCUAAUAUACAGUCUGAAUCUGCUAUUGAAUCACGAUCAUCUAACAGGACAGACUGUUCUCCUAUAGAGUCCUGGAGUACUAAAGAUCCACUGCCUUCAUCAGGAACAGUGAAGACAACAAAGUUUAAACCUGACCCAAAACUUAUGGACCAUGGCCAGUCCAGCCCGGAAGACGUGGAUAUGUACAGUACAAGAAGCUAAGACAUCUGAUUACAAAUCAUUGCAAAGUAUUUCAGAUAAGGGGGAGGGAAGAAGGGAAAGAAUAAACCUUGUGAUUCAUACUGUGUGAGGUAUAACUUAAUCAGGUAUUUUUGUAUAUUCCAAACUGUAUUAUUGACUUACAUAAUUCUGUUCAAUGAAUAUUUUGUUUCUCACUACUUACAAGCAGUGAGAAUUCACUCGUAUUCAGUGUCAUUGCUGCAACACUGAGAAAAUGAGAUUUGUCUGGGUCUUCUCACAAUGAAGUUUCUCUGUGCCAAACUUGUUAAUAAAUGUCAUUUCACAAAAGGUAUUUGAAAAGGUGAACAUCUCUAUAUUUCAGCUCAGAUGUUCACUGAUAGAAAGGAGGAAUGUCAUGAAUAGGGUGAGAGAGGCUUCUUUGUUUUUCACCUUAAGCUCUAGGAUGAAGAGCAACUCUUAAUGGCCUGAGUGCCCUUAACUGAUGACUUUAUCAUAUGUGUUACAUUAUCUCUAAUGCUUACGUAAACAAAUCACUUUUUUUCCUUCAUUGCUGAGUCAUUUGUUCUCGUUUGCCUCUUUCACAAAUGUGAAUGGAAGCUUGUGCAUUCUUGUUUUGUAUUUAAAUGUCACUUAUGUCGGGAAACAACUGAUCUUUAAAACAUAUGUGAUAGACUAUGCAUUAGUUUUUAUGUACUUCUAAUAACUUGAACUGUAUGCAAAUUGGUGAAUCCAUGAAGCUGAUGCUGUUUGAUUUAUAUAGAGUGGAUAAGUAGUGUUUAGAAAAGAGCUUGAAAGUUUAAAGUAAGAAAUGUGUGGAUGGUUGAAAGUGCUGAUAAACUUCUAAAAAUGCCAAAGUAAUAAAUAGAACAAAAAGUGAGAAUGCCGCGACAGAACAGGUAGUUUGGUUUAUGUCUGAAACCUGAAAAGAAACACUGCUUCACAUGAAUGUAUUUUCAGCAAUGGGAUUUGAAGGGAUAUUUGUCCUGUUCUACAUAAUAAUAGAUUUCACUGACUGAUUCCUUCUUAUGAGGCCACCACUUCAAAGUCAGUGCUCCUAGUGUCACUGUAGGGCUAACAGAACUAGUGAGGAGAUAUUGCACAGUGGAACAUGCUCAAAGCACAAAUGCUGAAUGAACAAAUGAACCAAGUAAGGCUUUUGUGUUGGUUCAGAAAUAGAUGUAUCGAUAUUCUGUAAUCCAGAUCUCAGGUGAAGUGUUUGCUCUGUACAGAAUUCAAUACAAAGUAAAGUCAGUAAAUAAAAGGUUUAAAGAAAAAUAAUUCUAUUAAUCAAACUCGCUUGCAAUCCAUGAAUUAGAAUUUCGUGUAUUUUGUUUCCUUAAUCACAUACAAGGCCAACGAAACUGCCAUGCUUCAGGCAGAAAUCAGAAGAUAUUAAGUCAGUCUGCACAGAGCUCUGGGACACAAUACGUAACAGUGUUCCCCUACAGAGAGAGCAGUAGAAAAGUUAGGAAGGCAGGAAGGGAAAGUAUUUAAAGGAAGAUCAUUUUGAAAUUCUAGAUGGGAUGGCAGGAAUUAUCUGCCUCCGUAUCUGGUCUGUUGGUCAGCUUCUGGAUUAAAAAAUGAAGGCAAAACCACUUGCUCUGCACCUGGAUUCUAUUUAAAUUCUAACUUAGGUCCUUUGUGUGAAGCACUUCCACAAGUCAACAAGAAAGGUAAGAUGAUAAAGGUUUGCAUGGUUUACUGUGGUGACAUUUUUUAGGACAAAGUAUGAAAAAGCUGUGUAUUAAUCUCUUGGGAAGAGGGUAGGAGGCUUCAUUAGGGAGAUGCUGAGGAAUGAGCAUGUGUGUCCCUUCCAGGCAGGAGCAGGCCUUAAAAGUUCGUCCUCUACCAGAAAGCAAAAAAAGCUGCUCCAGUCCUUUUAAUUUCAGGGCAUUAAUGCUCCUAUCUCAUGAUAGAGACAAGACUGGGAAAGGUUUGUUGGAGUUCUUAAUGGUUAAGCUGAGCAGUCUUAGAUGCUUCAUCCGAACAGUUUGUCUUAUAAGUCCUGACUUCAGAAGAAAUUCAUGCUGCAAAAGGACACGAUGCACAAAGCUGUGCCUAUGCUGUAAAGCAGUCUUUAAUUACUCCUCAGGACAAAAUUGUGAUAAAACUGUGUUUCACAGUUAAAUUGUUGUUCUGAAGCCUUGAUGCAUUUUCUGGGAUAUAUCUUAAAAUUCUGCUUGUACUCACUUUGAUGAAUAAAUAGUGUGAGGAAUACAGUUCUGGCAUUCUUAAGAGCAGUAUUGCUGUGUUACUUCCUCCUGGUGCAAGGGAGGAUCUAGGUAGCAUGAGUGUGUGAAGCUUUUGUUCCGCCUCAGGAUUUGUUCUGCUACUGUCACUUUUUAGCAGUUUCUUUGUCAGUUGGGAUUUCUCUGUUACAUGUUCUCCUCCACAUGAGACAGGGAUUUUGUUUGUUUUCUGACAAGUGUUUUUUGUUCAGGAUCCCCACAGUCAAAGGCCUGGGACUAAAAUCAGAGGCCUGCAUUUCUGCGCUGAAGCAGAUACAGCCUAAGGAUCUCGAACCAAAGAAGAGAAGGCAAAAAAUGUAUGAAAAGCUUUGCAUCCUUGCUGGAUGUGUUUUCUGCUUUCAGGAAGAUGACAGCCAGUCUCUCAAGGGGUGUUUCUGCAACCUGGAGAAUAGAUGUUAAUAGCAUAAUAGUUCUAUGUUAGCGUGAACUGAUGGAGUCAGUCUUGUCCACCCAUGUCAGACACUUGAGAGGUUAAAAAAUAAGAUAAAAUCAGAAAUUUGGGAUAUGUUUGCUAGAAGAAAGGCAACCACAUCAGACUGCUAGUCUGGUUUUGUAAAAAUGUUGAAAUGGUGAUGAGUCUUCAUUACUCAGAUUGUGUUCUCAGAAGUAUUUGUUGGUCAGAUCUGAAAUGAUGUUGUCCUUCUUCAGUGGAGAGAUCUAAAGCUCCACAUUCUAUGUGGCUUGUUCCUGAUAAGUAGAAAUAACUUUAGACAUGUCUCUGUAUUAAUUAUGGCAGAGGACCUGUGCAGUGGCUUUAAAAACAUGGCUUCGCGUGUACCUUACGACACACUUGUGAGUCCUGUUUUUAAGUCUGUGUGCCUUACAGUCUUUGUAAUAGGUUCAGUAUGCAAACCUGUUGAAUAAUGAGAAGGUAACCUAAGCACACCUGGUAGGUUGCAUUGCAAGACAUGGCUUUAUUAAAUGCUAGUGAAACACCUUUACAUAUUUCAGAGGCAUUUUAUGGCCAUAUAAACUUACAGCUUAUUCUAAAAGUGCAGUUGAAUUUAUACAGUACCACAACAAAGGUAAGAAAGUAGGCUGUAAUUUUUUUGAUGUAUAUUUUGUAUUUUUGAAAAAUCCAAUGUCUCUUAAAGAACUGGAUCACAUGGCAAUAUUUUAUAAUAUGCACAUUUUUCAAUUACUGUGUGGUUUUUUAUUUAUAAUUGAUUGUAUUGCUUAUAUCGAAAUUUGGCAUUUGUUGAUGCUAUCCUUUUAUUAACUGAAACAGAUUGUGAUACUUUAUUUUGUGAUGAUAUUGUGAAGCAUCUGAAAAUAAAGGGUGAUAAGGUGCUUUUCAACAUUAACUCCUGUGUUUCCUCAACUCUAGGGCCAAUUGUCAGUUCCUUUUCUUUAAAGUACGUCUUAAAAGUUAAGUGGUAAACGUGACCAAGUAACAGAUUUUUCACUAAUGUUGGGGAGAAGAAAACAGUUCUCUCUUGUGAAGUGCAAGAACAGCAAUCCUGGUAGAAGUCAUCAAUACAUAUCCAUGCAGUGCAAACAUGCAACAUGUUAAAACUCAGUUUUCAGUUGUUUGUGUGUGUUGAAUAAUGAAAAGUGCUUCCAUCUUCUUUUCUUGGAUGAUUUCAAGAAUACUGAAGCUCAGGACUGAGAGAAAAAAGGGCUUUUACCAUAGUGGAGGAAUGGCACGUUCUAUUUAAAGCCUGAGACAUAGAAAAUAUAUGUACUUGAGUAUGACUCCAUGAUAAUCUUCCAGGUAAAAUAAUUUCUCAAUCCAAAUGUCAGUAAAUAAUGUUAUGUGUGGUAUGAACUACAGUAUGACUGCCUGAACAAAAACCUGUGUGAACAAGGAGUGUGCCCAUUUUAAAUGUGAUAUUGUCAUUAUUAUUCUUGAAUAACUUGGUAGACAUUGUAAAGGUUGUUUUAAUACAUCAGCGUAGCUAACUUUCAAAGCAGUAUUGUUUGAAGGAUGUACCAGGCAUUGAUUUUUACAGAUAAUUAUUUAUCCUUUGAAAAAUAAAGGUUAAUUUUUACCUUU